AUGCCCUUCUCUACCGCCAUCCGCUCAAGUCUACAAGGCUCGACGCCCGCCUUCGGCUUCUGGCUCACCCUUCCGAGCGCUGGUCUUGCUAAAACUAUCCUCCACGGCGCCUCCGGAACCUCGGCAAGGUUUAGCUGGGUCCUGGUUGAUGCGGAACACGGAUUGAUCUCUGAUAACCACUAUUAUGAGCUCAAUAAUGCCAUUGGCCACGAGUCUGCGAGCCCCAUUAUCCGCGUCCCUUGGGGAGAGGAAUGGAUGAUCAAGCGCGCCCUCGAUGCGGGUGCUCACGGUAUUAUGACUCCUAUGUGCCACUCCGAAGUUGAUGCAGCCAAUAUUGUCAAGUACACCCGGUAUCCGCCCCAAGGUACCCGCGGUUACGGCCCUAUGUUUGCGCCUCACUCGCUCCCCGGAGUGAACCCCGGACCCGACUACGAUGAGCAGGUGAAUUCCAGCGUGACUGUGUGUGUGCAAAUAGAGUCGCGGCCCGGUGUCGAGAAUGUGGAGAAGAUUGCCGCCGUGGACGGCAUCGAUGUGCUGUUCAUUGGCCCCUUCGAUCUUGCCAGGCAGAUGGGCGUUACUCGUGGUGGCGAUGAGCACGAGGCUGCUAUUCAGCGUAUUCUGGGCGCUGCCCACAAGGCCGGCAAGAAGGCGGCUAUUUUCUGCACUGACGGGCAUGAUGCCCGCGCCCGUGCGCAGCAAGGCUUUGACAUGAUUUCCGUCAAUACAGAUGUUGGUGUGAUCCGGGCGGGUAUGCUGAAUGAACUGAAGACUGCCAACGGAGAGGCAGUGCAGGGUGAUGCUCGUGCGGGCUACUAG